AUGAACAACCAAUUGAUGUUACCAUACUACACUGCCCAAAGCAGCACUGCAAUGGGUAUGUUUAAUUCCUGCAUGGGGAAACUGCAGCGACAGCUGUACAAAGGGGAGUAUACUUUAUUCAGUUAUGCACCAAUGUUUGAGAGUGACUUUAUCCAGAUCAGCAAAAGAGGAGAAGUGAUUGAUGUGCACAACCGUGCCCAAAAGGUGACUGUGGGAGUCGUUCGAACUAGCCCCAGCCUCACACUACCUGAUGUCAUGCUGCUGGCCCGACCAGCUACUGUCUGUAAUGACCAUACCAGAUGUGGCACUGCCACCCAGGAAAUAGGAAGCAAUCCCACACAGAUUUUAGAGCUAACCAGGCUCCUUCCCUUAAAGUUUGUAAAGAUAACCAUCCAUAACAGUAUAAAACAACAGCUUCGCCUGAAGCUUGCCACUGGCUGCUCUUUUUACCUUCAGCUGUGUGCCUCUUCAGAUACAAGAGAUCUUUUUGUUCACUGGGAAAACCUUAUUUACAUCCUGAGACCACCAGUGGCCUACAGCGGUACCCAAGCCACCCUAGCUGGCAACACACUGGGCACGUCUGUGUUUGACAGUGAGGACAGGAGCCCAGUGGCAUAUGCCAUGAAGUUCUGUAGAGGGGAAGAGCAAUUCAGCAUCACGAGCCUUCACAUGAACCCUGAAAUGUUUGGGCCCACGUUUUAUGGUUAUACUAGACAGGAAUGA